UUUCCGUCCAAUUCUUGGUUUCGCAUUUGCCCGACGGAGAGUCACUUCCCAGGUGACCUUUUUAGGUUCUCCUUGCUGGUUUGUCGGUUGCAUGCAUACUGCGUAUUUCCGAUCUAAUUUCGGGUCCGAUUUACAUUUCUUUCAACCUGCAAAAGAUUUAGGACGCGCCCUGACCCGAAUUGAUUUUUCGUCAUGGUUUCCCCCGGGGUACACGUCAGGUUCAUUCCUAGUCUCAUUUCCGUCCAGGAUGGACUUGAUGAUUCUUUCUCUGUUCGUUUCAUGAACACGUCCUAAGCGAAAUCCAAAUCUACGCAAAUUAGCGAGGGGGGGGAGUGAGGGCACUAGGGGGCUCAAGUCUUUCAGAGGGACUAGGUCACUAGGUAAAGCAAGACUGCCGGACAGUUAGAGUCUCGUUGCGCGUCAUGGCCUUCGCCCUGUGCUCUCGCCCCCUCGUCUGCCUUGCCGCCGCCGCGACCGCCGUCUCGCGCCGCGGCGGAAUGCCGCGAAGCGAUCAUAGUCAGGGGGCGAUGCUCUCCGCGCUGGUCACCGCGCGCUCUCCGCGCGCCCGUGCACUGCUCAGUCCGCGCACUGCCUCCGCAAACCCUGCUUCACCGCUUCUCCCGCACUGCUCCGCGGCUGCUGCAAAUGAGGCCGAAACGGAGGAGGAUGGAGGGGCGGAGGCAGGAGCAGCGGGUGGGGAUGUGCUGCGGGUGGUGUACCACAGGGUGGAUGGCGACUACGCGGGGUGGGGGCUGCACGUGUGGGGCGAUGUGGAGUGCGAGACCUCCUGGCAGGACCCCCUGCAGUAUUCCCCCCCCCUGCUGCUGGCGGUGGUGGUGGUAAUGGCAUGGGUUGUGUGGAGUGGCGGGUGCGGCUGAAGGCAGGCGCGCGGACAGUGAACGUGCUGCCGCACAGGGGGGACUGGAAGGACUGCACGUGGACCAUCGACCUCGCCACUCUCCCCUCACCACUGUCGUCCACCUCGUCGUCCUCCUCCUCCCCCCGCACCCCCCCCUGCCCCACCGUGUGGCUCGUCUCUGACCGCCAGCACUUCUUUCUGCACCGCCCCAACCUCUCCCGCCUCCCCAAGGGUAGCCUCGAUCUGUUCAAGGCUCACUGGGUGUCGGCUGAUGAGAUUGCAGUAAAUUGGGACUAUUCUGAGAGUGACUAUGGCGAAGAAAUACUGUUCUUGCUGCAUGCGAGUGACUCAGCCUCACUCUCCCUCACAGAGAACGGCGUGCAAGGGGCGGACUCUGUCAUUCCGCUCACACUGGACCCUGCUGGCCUCUCGUCUGCUGUGCGCCUCAAGUUCCCCCACCUGGCGUCCUUCACGUGCCUCCGUGUUUCCACCUCUACCCCCAUCCCUCACCUCCACCGCCUUCUCUCCUCACAGACCGCCCUCUCCUGCUCCUCUGCAUCAGGCACGCCUAUCGACGCCACAUCGCUGCAGCUGGCAGGGGCACUGGAUGCGCUGUGCCUGUACGAGGGGCCGCUGGGGGUGCACAUGGAGGCGCAGGGCGGUGGCACGGUGGGCAUUCGCGUGUGGGCGCCCACUGCGCAGGAGGUAACUCUGCUGCUGUUCGACCAGCCCCAUGCAUCCCCCCCGGUGGAGCGCGUGCCAAUGGAGCGGGGCAGCGAGGGCCAGUGGAGCGCACAGGGCCCCAUGGCGUGGCGGGGCAUGUACUACCAGUACGAGAUCAGGGUCUUCCACCCGUCCACCAAUAGGAUGGAGACAUGUGUCGCCACCGACCCUUACUCCCGCGGUCUAUCUGCAAAUGGAGAGCGCUCACUGGUGGUCGACCUGAGCGAUGCCUCGCUGGCGCCUCCUGAUUGGUCCUCGCUGCACCAUCAGAAGUCUCCCCUCCAGUCGUUCUCAGACGUGUCCAUCUACGAGCUGCACAUCCGCGACUUCAGCGCAUCAGACCCUUCAGUGCCCGAGCCUCACAGAGGCACAUACCUCGCCUUCACCCACCCUCACUCCCAGGGCGCACAGCACCUGGCGCAGCUAUCUGCCAGCGGCCUCUCCCACCUGCACCUGCUGCCCUCCUACGACUUUGGCUCGGUCAAUGAAGACAAGAGCACGUGGCAGGCUGUGGAUGAAGCCUCCCUCAGACUCGCCCCGCCUGACUCCGACCGCCAGCAGGCAGCUGUGGCGGCUGUGAAGGAUGCGGAUGCGUACAACUGGGGGUAUGACCCGGUGCACUGGGGGGUGCCUGAUGGCAGCUAUGCCACCCACGCUGAUGGCGCUGCUCGCACUCUUGAGUUCCGCUCCAUGGUGCAGGCGGUGAACGCCCUGGGCUUGCGGGUGGUGGUGGACGUGGUGUACAACCACCUGUACGCCAGCGGCCCCCACAGCCCCUUCUCCGUGCUCGACAAGGUGGUGCCCGGGUACUACGUGCGGCGGGACGGGGAGGGGCGCGUGGAGAGCAGUGCGUGCUGCAACAACACAGCGAGCGAGCACGCCAUGGUGGAGAGGCUCAUUGUGGACGACGUGCUCAUGUGGGCCACGCAGUACAAGGUGGACGGGUUUCGGUUUGAUCUCAUGGGGCACCUCAUGAAGCACACCAUGCUGCGCAUCCGCACGGCACUAGAUUCUCUAACUAUCGAGGAGCAUGGGGUCGACGGCAAGUCCAUUUACUUAUACGGCGAGGGGUGGGACUUUGGCGAGGUAGAGAACAACGGCCGGGGGGUGAAUGCAGCACAGCAGAACCUGCACGGCACCGGCAUCGGCAGUUUCAACGACCGCUUUCGGGAUGCAGUGAUAGGGGGGUCACCCUUCGGCCAUCCGCAGCAGCAGGGCUUUGCCACGGGCCUCAUGCUCAUGCCCAACGAGUACGAGGAGAGCGAGCGGCAGUACAGGAGCUACAUCUAUGACAGCAGCAGCGGCAGCAGCAGCAGCAGUGGGGAGGAGGGCGAGGGAGGGAGUGGGGGUGAGGGCGAGGCAUCGGUAGUGUGGUGGCGGCAGCGGCUGGGGGAGAGUGUGGAUGUGAUUCAGGCGGGCAUGGCGGGCAAUCUCAGGGACUUCGCGUUUGCAUCACAUGCCACUGGCAACCAGGUGACAGGAGGGCAGCUGUACACGUUUGGAGGGUCGCCUGUGGCAUACGCAGCAAGCCCGCAUGAAUCGGUGACGUAUGUGUCGGCGCAUGACAACGAGACGCUCUUCGACAUUGUAACCAUCAAAGCGGCGGCAGCGGUGGCUCCCCAGCAGCGUGUGGCGAUGAACCGGGUGGCGAUGGCGGUGGUGGCGUGGGGGCAGGGCGUGCCGUUCAUCCAUGCUGGCGACGACCUGCUGCGCUCCAAGUCGCUCGACCGGGACUCGUACAACUCGGGCGACUGGUUCAACCGGCUGGACUGGUCGGGCGCCACGAGCAACUUUGGCGUGGGGCUGCCACCGCAUGAGAGAACGGCGACAAAUGGGACAUGGGCCGGGAUGCGGCCUCUCCUCGCCAACCAAUCACUGCGCCCCACGUCAGCGGACAUUACCGCCACGUCGCACUACCUGCGCAUGCUGCUGGCUGUGCGCUACUCCUCCCCGCUCUUCCGCCUGCCGUCCCUCGAGCUCGUUCAGGAGCGAGUGCAGUUCCUUAAUGCAGGCCCUGCAGCGCUGCCUGGAGUGAUCGUCAUGAGCGUGGCUGAUGGCGACAGCGAUUCCCCCAUGGCGCAGCUCGACCACAGGUACCGCUCGCUGGUGGUGGUGAUCAGCAUGCACCCGCAGCCGUUCCUCCUGCACCUGCCUUCCCUGGUCGGACGGACUCUCGUGCCGCACCCACUACAGGAGGAGCAUGGCAUGGUGCCAUCGCACGCACAUGUAGGUCCAUGGUUCCAGGCAGAUACUGCUAUGCUCACUGUUCCACCCCUGGCUGCUCUCACACUCGUGGAGCCAAGGACUGAGAUGAGAUGAGAACCUCAUGCCGAUGCUAUGUAGCUACGCCCAGCCUGCAUGCAGUAUUUCAAUACGCAGGACCAUGUGUAGCCACCGGAUUUGAGUAACUGUAUUAUUCUUUGUUUGGUUACAGCAUGCUUAUAUACAUCUUGAGACGACAUUGUUAGCAACUGUUUUCAUUGAAUAAAA